AUGUUAUCAUCUCUCUCUUCUCUCUCUCUCUCUGCAAUGGACCACGAGGAAAUUCCAUCAAUGCCCUCAACCCCAGCCACAACCCCGGGGACUCCAGGAGCACCGCUCUUUGGAGGUUUCGAAGGGAAGAGGAAUGGGCAUAAUGGUAAAUACACACCAAAGUCACUUCUGAAAAGCUGCAAAUGUUUCAGUGUUGACAAUGAAUGGGCUCUCGAAGAUGGAAGACUCCCUCCGGUCUCUUGCUCUCUCCCUCCUCCUAACGUUUCCCUUUACCGCAAGUUGGGAGCAGAGUUUGUUGGGACAUUGAUACUGAUCUUCGCCGGAACAGCGACGGCGAUUGUGAAUCAGAAGACAGAUGGAGCCGUGACGCUUAUAGGCUGCGCCGCCUCGGCUGGUCUGGCGGUUAUGAUCGUGAUAUUGUCGACCGGUCACAUCUCCGGGGCACAUCUGAAUCCGGCAGUCACCAUUGCCUUUGCUGCUCUUAAACACUUCCCUUGGAAGCACGUGCCGGUGUAUAUCGGAGCUCAGAUUAUGGCGUCUGUGUGUGCGGCGUUUGCACUGAAAGCAGUGUUUGAACCGACGAUGAGCGGUGGAGUGACGGUGCCGACGGUGGCUCUCAGCCAAGCCUUCGCUUUAGAGUUCAUUAUCAGCUUCAACCUUAUGUUCGUUGUCACUGCCGUAGCCACCGACACUAGAGCUGUGGGAGAGUUGGCGGGAAUAGCGGUGGGAGCAACGGUCAUGCUUAACAUACUCAUAGCUGGACCCGCAACCUCUGCUUCGAUGAAUCCUGUAAGAACGCUAGGCCCAGCCAUUGCAGCAAACAAUUACAGAGGCAUUUGGGUUUACCUUACUGCCCCAGUACUUGGAGCCUUAAUAGGAGCUGGAACAUACACGAUCGUGAAGCUCCCAGAGGAAGACGAAGCACCCAAGGAGAAGAGGAGCUUCAGAAGAUGA